AUGCCUAUGAGCAAGAAUAAGCUGAUUUUACUACUUGGAAUGAUCUGUCUGGAAAAAUGUAAAUCUGCAGUUCACUUUCUCCCCAAAGAUUACACUUGCGGAUGGAGUCUAGUGCAGUCACAAACUUGGAAUGAUUUAACACUGUUUAGUCGCAUUGUUGGGGGAAGCCAAGUGGAAAGGGGUUCCUACCCCUGGCAGGUGUCUCUAAAACGCAAUCAGAAGCAUAUCUGUGGUGGGACCAUCAUCUCCCCACAAUGGGUGAUCACAGCUGCUCACUGCGUUUCCAAUGUAAAUAUUUUACCAUUAUUGAAUGUUAAUGCUGGAAAAUAUGACUUGAGCCAAAUAGAACCAGAAGAGCAAAGUCUCACCAUUGACACUGUCAUCAUACACCCACGUUUCUCUGCCAGGAAACCAAUAGACUAUGAUAUUGCUCUUUUGAAGAUGACUGGAGCUUUUCAGUUUGGCAAGUUUGUGGGUCCCAUAUGUCUUCCGAAGCGAGGAGAACGAUUUAGGGCUGGAUUCACUUGCACAACUGCAGGCUGGGGCCGUUUGACGGAAAACGGCAGUGUCUCCCAAGUUUUGCAGUCAGUAGAGCUGCCCAUUUUGACCCAGGAGGAGUGUGUGAAAGCUCUAUUAAGCCUAAGCAAACCCAUCAGAGGACAAACCUUUCUCUGCACAGGCUUUCCAGACGGAGGGAAAGAUGCAUGUCAGGGAGAUUCAGGAGGUUCCCUCAUGUGCCGGAAUAAGAAAGGGGCUUGGACUCUGGCUGGCGUGACUUCCUGGGGUUUGGGCUGUGCCCGAGGCUGGAGAAACAAUAGGCAAAAAGAUCAUCAAGGAACUCCUGGAAUCUUCACAGAUCUUAGUAAAGUGCUUCCCUGGAUCCACAAACACAUCCAAGUGGGUAAUAAAAGAAAGAACUCCAGAGAUAUCUGCUGCAGACAGUGUGUCUGGACCCUAUUGGUACCAGAGGGAAUGCAUUAUGUAUUACUCAUUUUUUCCGACUUGGAUGCAGAGUCUUGUCAUCACAAUUACCUAUUAGUAGAUACUUCAGAAGACAGACUUACUGGGAAAUUGUGUGGAGUAGGCAUUGCUUCAUCAGUUCUUUUUGGCUCCACCUCUAUUGGGAUCUUUGAUACCUCAGGUUAUGCCAUUGGGUUUAAUCUCACCUACAAAACUUUUAAACCAAACUAUCUUUCUGAUUUGGGCUGCAGGUCUUUAACCAUCCUUUUAAAUACAGCCUCAUAUAGAGUCCUAACUAUCCUUAGUGAUAAGAGAAACUGUAGUUUUUUUUUCCAAGCCCUUAAACAUUACCUGAUUAAGAUUUUCUCAGCUUUCCUUUUAGAAUCCGGAAAUAGAGAAAGUAGAGACUGCACUGCCAACGUUGUGAGAGUGUACAAAGAUGUAGAAAAAAAAGAGGAAAUCCUUUUCUGCUUCUCUAGAAUCUCUGCUUCCUGUGCUUGCAUUUGA